AUGGAUGCCACGUCGGCCGGGCAACCGCCAGGCUUGGAGGGUGAGGAGGCCGAAAAGCAAGCGGCUGUGGAGAAUGAGAACGAGAGCGUGAUGGCUAGCCUGGAGGGCAAUCCGGCGAUGAAGAGCAUCCGCGAAGUCAUGGUUGCACUCCGAACGUCAGGGAAGGAAUCUAAGGGUCCCCCGUAUCAAGCCAAGAGCGCGGGCCUGCCGGCAACCUUCUCCGUCCCGACCGGCUCGGACUUCUACAUGAACUCCAUGAUCGUAGCCGGGGUCGGGAUCCUGUUAGCCUACAUCACCAGUGUAGGCAUUGCUUUUGUGUGGUCUUUGGUAAACAUGAUGAUGAAGAACUGCGGGCAGGAUUUCUGGAAAACGGACGGGGAUGCCGCAUGCAACGCGAAGAUGGUCAAUGCAUUAGUGUUCUCCAUCGAGCUGCGUUGCUUCGACACCAAACCUUCUUCGAUGCUCCAAGAAGACUUCGACGACAUGUGCUCGGGUUUCUGGAUAGAAGUGGCAGUGAAUGUCUUCGUCUUUAUCGUGAUGACUGGGAGCAUCUUGUAUUCGGAGCUUGGCAAGCUGGCUUCCAAGGUGACCUUCCACGAGAACCUCUUCGUGGUCGAGUCCUGGCACGGCAAGCUCUUCCAGUGCAGCUUUUUUGCCGACGUCAUUCAAGCCAAGAGCACCAGCUCUGGCCUCGAGAUCACCAGCAAGGCCAGGGUGCGCACAGAGAGCUCCAACAGUGAAGGGGGUGGUGGCUUCUUUGGGAGAAAGAAGAAGGAGCAGACUCUCAGCAUCAACGGUGAUGCCACGAUGUCCGUCCUUGCCGGCAGCGGCGAAGCGAAGUGCAGCUUCCUGCAGGAGUUCGCAAAACGUCUGCCGGUGAGCAUCCAGGGCUUCGAUGGUGUUGCGGAGGUCGAUGGUGCGACCGAGGCCCCGGCCUCCGCGAGCUCUGCGAGCUGCACGAGCCUGCUGGAGGGACGACUAGGAAACCUCUUGGCAGCGCGCCGAGGGGAAGGAGAGAGAACAAAUGCUCGCAAGCCCAUCUCCUGCGACUUCUGCACGGAGGUUCUCUUCAUCGUUUUGAUUUCAGCUGUCGGCUACUACUGCUUCUCUGUACUCACAAACAUCUUUGGUUGGGCUAUGGCCACGGGGAGGGGCAAGUGCAGCCAUGAGAUGAAGCCCGACGUGGACUUGUGCGACUUCGUCCGUGUCUUCUCUCCGAUCGAGCUUCCGUUGGUUGCUGUGCAGGAGUACGUCAACAUUGCAGGCCUCGUAGUCGCUUGCAUUGUCUAUCCGAUUUGGACCUUCAUGAACCUCCCUUUUGAGUACAGAUUCCACGGAGAGGUGGUCGAGGAGCUGCUCUUCGCGGGGUGGCAGUCCCAGGAGAGUACCAUGAUCGUUCAUGGAGACAUCGAGGGCUUGGAACUGGUUUGGGGAUAUCUGGAGAAGUGCAUCAAAGCCGAGAUCAGCGCGAUCUACACAGUCAAGCAGGGGGUCACCAAGCCCUUCGAAAUCACAGCAACCUUCUCGCCUGAGAUGGAAAUGAAGAUUGGACUCGUCGACAGUGAUUGCGCCUCGUGCAGCGGCCAUGGCACGAAGGCUUUGAGCUACAAGGAGUCGGUCAUGCGUGCCCUCAACGAUGCGAAGCCCGGACUCUUGCAGAUGCCCGCAGAAGAAGCGAGGACGGAAGCGUAA